AUGAGGAAACCGAGGAAACCAAGGAAACCUCUUAGGAAAGAGUCCAUGCGACUGAGUGAGACACGCAUAGAAUAUGUGGUUGAUCCCAUGGAGGUAAAGGUAGAGGAAAAGGAGAUGGAGCUUGAGACACCUGCUCCUACCUUUGAGCUUGGACCAUCGUCUAGUGCACCAACACCAAUGCACACACAAGCUAAGCAACAAGCUAUUAGACGAGAUUUGUGGCAUGUCAAGCAGUUGUUGAAAAAUGCUGGAUUUAUUGAUGAUGACGAUGAUCCUAAGACAUAG